AAUGUUUUGUUUCCCACAUCCACGAUCCAUCCCGACGCGACUUUGCAGAACGCGCUUUUCUUCCAGCUACUUCUCACUUCUAAUCGUUUAACACGAAUGGCAGAUACAGAGAAAAAAGAUUCUGCCAGCGCAUCGACAUCUACUGCACCAAAGAAACCUCUUGCUGAAUUGAAAAAUGGCAAAGUUAUCUUCAAGCAAAAGCCCAUAUCGUUUGAGAAGUCGUCCGAGGCGAUGCAAGAAAUCGUUAAGUUCCGCGAGAUGAUAGAGGAACGAAUUGAAAGGCAGGACCCCCCGCUUACUGUCAUUCCGGACGAGCAUAAACCGUUGAUAGUAAAGCUUGCGCAAGAGAGUGAUAAGGGAGUCGCUCCGCUUGCGAAGUAUAUUCGCUCCGAACUUCUCCCAUCUUUCGAUGAGGACGACGACUCUCGCCGCGAAAGCAUAUCAGUCGCCCUACCGCUUCUUGUGGUGGAGCAUGCCAUUCAGUUACUCAUGGUCAGGACAAAUUAUGGCUUGGAAGGGCCCCUGGGCUACAAAAUCCCUUCUAUUGUGUGCGCCUGGCGAUGGGAAGUCAGAGACAACUAUCGGGAUUGGCUACCCAAGUCUGCCAAGGAGAAAGCCGAGACCAGGAUGGCUGAACGUGUUCAGGCCAAGAUAGACCUUACCGCAGUCUUCGAAAGUCUACCGCAGGACGAACGAGAUGCUAUCCUCGAUCCGAAAGGUACCAACAAGCUCCCUACUAAAGACACCAAUAAGCCCAGUCUACCGAGCAAUACACCCACCGAACAGGUCGAUGCAGCAGAGAUCAAGGACUCGUCAUCCCAGCGCGAUCCAAGUGUCAGCCCCAACGAACCUGAAAACAUUGAUUCAGCGAACGUAACUCCGAAAGCUCGACAACGCAAAGCUGCAGAUCCGGAGAAGGCCGCGAAGGCUAAAGAGAAGGAAGAGAAGAAAGCCGCCAAGGCUGAAAAAGACAAGAAGCAGAAGGAGACGCAGAACAAAUCCCGGUCUCUCAUGGCUAACUUCUUCGGCAAGGCGAAGGCGCCUCCGCGUGAGUCACCUUCAAAAGGUGGCAAACCCGUCUGCGGGUCCACUAGCGAAUCGGAUUUUCUGAAGACGUUUAAGCCUUUUGUCUUGAAGAAAGACGCAGAAAUGGCGCCGAUCAACCGGUUCUUAAUGCCUAGCAAACAACAUUGGAAGAAGCAGACGUCGGGUUUCAGCCAUGCAGAUGCUAUCGUCAUUGAUGAUAACCAAGCCUCAGAGACGGAUAGCAUUAAUACAUCCAUAUAUAGCACACCAACAUUCAAUCUUGCUGAAGCUAAUGCACAAGGUGCGUGCAUUGAAGCACUCCAGCGCAUGUCGUUGAUGUUAUACACAGAACGUCUCCAGGAUAUCGUACGAUCGUUGCGACCUCUUCGGCUGACGCAGCCCCGUGACCGAUCGAAAUCCUCCUUCAAAUCUUUCAGCGCAUGUAACGCGAAAGAUAUAUAUUCCCAGCUCAACGAUGCUGAGAUAGCUGGGGAUACCUCUCAAGUUCGCUACUUGUCGAACAUUCUUUGGGACAGGAAGGAGCUUCCAGCGAAGGUUUUAAUUUUCCAUGAGGAUGCACGUCCUGGCUACUACGGUUCCUGGACAAAGAAUUCGCGCAUCAUUGGUCCCAGAGCACCUUUCGCUCGUGAUUUGCUUGCUCGAGAUUAUGGGUACGAUUCCGGAGAGGAGUGGGAAGAUGAAGGCGCGGCCGAUGCAGACAACGUUGACGAUGAUGAGGAUGAGGAGGGUGAAGGCGAGGAGGGUGAUUCUGAUCUAGAGAGCUGGCUAGUGGAUGAUGACGAUGAAAUUGAAGAAUGCAUUCCGGAUGACCGGGACCUAUCACCUUCACUCUUGGAUAUACCCCUUCCCCCUCCCAAGAGGAAAGCAGAGGAUCUUCGCAAGCAGCCUGAAAAGAAGCGGAAGGUCGUCGUCCCUCUCGUACCCUAUACCAAAGGGCCUCUGUGGGAGUCGGUCAUAGGUCAAUGCGAAUACGAUCCUUUCAAACCAUACCGUAUACAACUCUUUAAUGACACACCAUACUCGAUCGACCCCUUCACCUUCGUCUCAAGGACUGGCGAAGAAAGCCAGCAACCAAAUCCUGAGUCCAAGUUCGCGGUUCCCUCGCUACCCAAUCGGCUAUCAGUGAAUAACAGCGUUGUGGAGUCGUCAGCAACUACCGCUCAAACUCCAGCGAAUAAGCGAGCUACCACAACGUCCACGCCGAAGACCAUGUUCCCCGAUGCUCACGUUCCCCUGCUCGUCAGCAAGAUCACGACUUUAGCGACGGCAAAUCUCACAUUUAUCGUAGAAAGCAUUCAUCAGGAGCUUCGUGCGCACAAGGUGAAGAAGAAUGCCAUUGAAGCAAAGGUACGGGAAGUGGCGGAGAAGUCCAAGGAGAAGAGAAUAUGGGUUGUCAGCGAGGGGUAUCAGCAACUUUAAUCGUCUUCUCCCUCUUGAUACCUGAACCGCCAUUUCAAGUGUUCAUGGUUUUGAUUACGUCGCUUUCGGGAGGAAGCAUAUGGCACCUUCUACCUCAUGGUCGAUUAAGGUGAUCCGAGACCUGCAGGCCAGCGCUCUGCAGCGUCAACAACAUAUAACCAAAGACUUUUUCUGUGUAAAAAUACCCUAGGAAUCGAACUGGUUGAUGGUCAUAAGGUCUAAGACA